GAACACGUUUGAGUUGUCCGAAAUGAACCCGGAUUUGAUAUAUUUGGACAACGCUGGAGCUCCUCGUUGUUCUUCUGAUCUUCUAGAAGCGAUCCUGAAAGAUACCGUCGCUGCAGGUUAUGGCAACCCACACAGUCGCAAUAAUCUGAGCAUGUCGACCUCAGAAGUCAUUAGUCGAACACGAAUCCGGAUUUUAUCACAUUUCAACACCACGUCGAAGGACUACUCUGUUAUAUUCACAUCCGGGGCUACAGCGGCUCUCAAGCUUCUUGCCGAGACGUUUCCUUGGCAGCCUAGCUGUUCUCACUGUUGUGGCCACCAGACAGCGGAUUGUGCUUCACGAACUUCACUGUUUCAGGUCAGUGGCAAUCAGCUGCCCAGUGGUUCGUUGUUUGCUUAUUUGCUUGACAAUCAUACGUCGGUUAUUGGCAUGAGGGAAUAUGCUCUUGACGCAGGAGCAUCUGUGAUUUGUUUGAAAGAAACCGAUGUUCAGAGACUUCUGCUACAAUCCGCUGACCUGUGUCCUCGUUGCGAUUGUCGCGCACUUUUCGUUUAUCCCGGACAGAGCAACUUCUGUGGUCGCAAGUAUCCAUCUAAAUGGAUAACCGCCAUCCAGCAGCGGUCACUGAAUGGUGCCAGCUGGUCUGUAUGUGUCGAUGCAGCUGCGCUGUUAUCAUGCGACACCGUUGAUCUUUCGCGAUACCCAGCAGACUUCGUUGCACUGUCAUUCUACAAGAUCUUCGGCUAUCCGACAGGCAUUGGCGCUUUGCUGGUGAAGAAUAAUGUCGCUUCUUGUAUGAAGAAAAAGUACUUUGGCGGUGGAUCAGUUUUUGCCUAUUUGCCUUCGUCUCGGUUCUGUAAGCCAAGGGAUUCGAUCGAGGAAAGAUUUGAAGAUGGGACCGUUCCUUUCCAGCAGAUUGCAAGCUUGAACCUAGGAUUUGAUGAAUUUAACAAUAAGGGCGGCGGUGCAUCCAGUAUCAAGCAUUACGUAUUCCGUCUAACCAAGUUGGUGUACGAUUUUCUGUCCUCGCUCAAACACUUCAAUGGAGCACCGGUUGCCCGACUGUACUGCUGUACGGAUUUCGAAAGCUGUGAUCGUCAAGGAGGCAUCGUGAACUUUAACCUGAAAUCCGUCAACGGUAGUUGGAUAGGCUACAGCACGAUCGAGAAGUUAGCAGACGCCUGCGGGGUUUGUCUCAGAUCAGGGUGCUUCUGUAACAUAGGCGCUUGCCAGCAACAUCUUGACCUGUCUGAUGAAGAGGUUGUCCAAAACUACGAGCACGGUAAACGCUGCGGUGACCAAGUGGAUAUUGUGAACGGAAAACCGGUCGGUUCGGUGAGAGUGUCUUUUGGCUGGCUCUCAACUGAGGCGGACGUUGACGCAUUUUUCCGCUUUAUAACCUCAUGUUUCGUCGAGCGAAGCUUUCCCCAUCCAUCAAGUUGGUCAGCGGUUUGUCAUCAGGAAAUAUUUUAUGACUGUUCUGAAGAACACGUUGUCGACACCAUCGAGAGCAGCAUGAAACUUUCGAGCAUAUUUUUUUAUCCGGUGAAAUCUUGUCGACCGGUGAGAGUUGACCACUGGCUUGUGACCAGAAACGGAUUGCUUUUCGAUCGCCACUGGAUGAUCGUCGAUGCCUCCAAUGCAUGUGUCACUCUCAAGCAGCUUCCGUCACUCGUUGCUGUGCAACCCCUGAUGGACUUGAAAGAAAGAACCCUCGAAUUAUCAGCAGUGAAUAAGAUCGGCGAUUUUGAAAAGCUUCACGUCCGUAUAGACGCUGCUAAUGACCCUUAUGCCAAGAACGUGGAAACUAAGGUCUGCUUGCGGAGGUAUGGUUAUUGAAG